AGAUUUAUUGGAGCUACAUGAGAUGCUAGAGUGGUAUGAGCCAGAGGUGUGUAAAUUCUCUAUUGCUUUACCUGUUGAUGCUUUUCACUAUCCGCAAAACAGUGAAUUUGGGACUAUCAUCGAUCGUAAAGACUUGGCUGAAUUACUCGAGGGUGAUUCUGUGGAUAUGUGCAUCAUUCAAUCCUUUGCAUUAUUUCAUUGGAUUUUGAUAGUCAUUUGCCCCUCUGUUAAUAAAGGCUAUAUCUUCAAUUCAAUCCCAAGCUUUUCUAAUAUCAUCAUUCAGAAAGAUCUAGCAUUAGCAUACAGAGUUGCUUCCGCAAGAAAUGGUGAUGGAAAGCCAAUCACAUGGCAUAAUGUUAAGUGUGCCAGACAAAACGGAAACACAGA